ACGAUGCCAUCAAAAAAUGGUAUUUGUAUACACGAAACGACGGAGACUAAAUCUCUAAAACGCUUGAAACCCUAAAACUCUGUGUCCUCCGCCGUUCACAUCAUUGUCGACGUUCGUUCAGUUGCUCACACUCUCAACAGUUUUUUUGUUGGUGCAGAGAAGAGAAGAGAGAUGAGAGGAAGGAGCUAUAGUCCAUCGCCUCCUCCUCCACGUUACAGCAGAAGAGGAGGAGGGAGGAGUCCCAGCCCUAGGGGCCGCUAUCCUCCCCGUCCCCGACAACAAGAUCUCCCUACCAGCCUUCUUGUUCGUAACCUUCGUCAUGACUGUAGGCCUGAGGAUCUUCGCAGACCUUUUGGUCAAUUUGGUCCUCUCAAGGACAUUUACCUUCCUAAGGAUUACUACACUGGAGAACCCCGUGGCUUUGGUUUUGUCCAAUUUGUGGAUCCUGCGGAUGCUGCUGAUGCCAAAUAUCAUAUGGAUGGUCAAGUUCUUCUUGGUCGGGAGCUCACUGUUGUUUUUGCUGAAGAGAAUAGAAAGAAGCCAACUGAGAUGAGGACAAGAGAGAGAAGGGGUCGAUUUUCUGAUCGUAGGAGGUCUCCUCCUCGUUACUCUCGUUCACCUCGCUACUCUCGGUCUCCACCACCACGUCAUAGAUCUCGUUCUCACAGUCGUGACUAUUAUUCUCCUAAACGAAGGGAGUAUUCAAGAUCUGUCUCCCCUGAGGGUAGAAGGUACAGUCGAGAAAGAUCAUAUUCACAGCAUAAUAGAGAGAGGUCAUACUCACGUUCCCCACCUUAUAAUGGGGGCUCAAGGAGCCGUAGUCAGAGUCCAGCAAAGGGCCCAGUCCGGAGCAGGAGUCCGAGUCUGAAUCGAGAUGAAAGGGAACCAGCCCGAGGUAGGUCCCCCAGUCAGUGAGCAUGGGAUAAGACUUGUCCUGGACUAUUAUAUGCUGGAUUUGGUCUUCAUAUUGGGCAAAUUACUUCUGUUUAAUGUUGUCUGAACUCUGACACAAUGGAAUUGGAUUUUGGUUUGUUGUUUCAUAUACCAGUUAUCUUUGUUGCUUGAAUUAAACAUGGUGGGUAAGUCUAGACCUAGUUAUAUUUUGAUUUUGAAAUUGAUUACUAUUUUUUAUCUAAUUUUAGUUGGAUAUUGAGACUUUGCUAGUAUUUUCUAUUUGUAUGUUUUGGUAUUUUUAAAUGUGGCU